AUGCGGUACGAAUCGAGCGUGAAACUCGAAAAGUCGGUGGCUGCCGUUCGACGGCUGGCCAAAUACAUUGGCUGUGAUGUUCUGGAUCCGAACUAUCGGUUGAACAAACGUUCGAUUAAUAUGCUAUCGCAGAUGGCAUUCGGCUACAUGAUGAUAGCCUAUUCGUGCUGGAGGGAGCGACACGAUGCGUUGGUGGCACUGAGAGUAUGGCUGAUUGUUGCAAAGGCCGUCCAGGCAGCGUCCAAGUUUGUUAACGUCGUCACCAAGCGUCACGACUAUCCGAUCUUGUUGGGCGAACUCAAGGCAGUACUGAGUGAGGCACAGGACAAUCCUAGCAAUGAGCCAAUUUUGAUCAAACACAUGGCUCGGCUGAAUUUUUGGCAGAACACGAUGCUCAGGGCCUAUUGGACGGCCGUGACGCUGGUAAUGAUUUCGAGUAUUCUGCUAACAUUGAUUACUGGUGAAUAUAUUCUGAUUUUUGAACUGUACAUUCCGUUCGUUGAUGAGAAAACAUUGUACGGAUAUAUUGCGACCACCGCUUGCCAUACGUUGUUCAUGAUAAUCACUGUUACCAUAUAUCCAGCAUUCGAUAGUUUCUUCAUGAUUUUAUGUCUCCCGAUUGGGAUGUUUGUCGAGACGAUUGAAAAUGAAAUAGGUGAAUUGAACCAACUGCUUGCCGAACAGGGAACGUUGAAGCGGGAAGAGAUAGAUGAAAAAUUACGAAGGAUUUAUCGUAUCCAUCAAAUGCUAGUCGACCUUCAAACCAGGGUGGCAGAUCAUUACUCCGGACAUAACUGGGUUUUGGUCACUGCCAAUAUGAUCGGGAUGGUGUGCAGCGUAUUUUUGGCUUACAUCAAAAGGUACUAUCCCGCGUACGGAAUGUUGGUCGCAAUGGUGGAUCAAUUAUCGCAAUACUGUAUUCUGGGAACAUACAUUACGACGAAGAAUCAGCAGAUGGUCGAAAUUGUGUACACAAUCGACUUUUACCAACUGGCACCAAACCAACAGCGGAUGGUUGCGCUGAUGCUUCACCGGGCUCAGAAUGCCACCGAAAUGACCGCUGGUCGAAUCAUACCAUUGAAUAUGGAAACCUACGUCGAGGUUCUGAAAGCAAUAUAUUCCUAUAUAACUAUACUGUCAAGGAUGGUGGAUUAAUCAGAUUAAUAAUGGAAUAAACGUUGAACACGUUGAAAAAACACGUAAUUCGCGAGAAACAAUAUAUGUGCGAGAUUCACAAAUGAUAUUCAGUAGUUAAACUAGUUACAAAUUGAUAAACAUGUAUUCG